AUGGACGCCGUGCAGCACCUGCUGUACACCCUCUGUUGGGUAUACGGUGUGGCAAGCUGGUGCAUGUGCUUCUACGUUUUUUUCUCCUCCGGCGAGGGCUACCGCUGGUUCACGACGCUGCACAACUACCUGCUGAUUCUCGGCGCAACGGGGGCAGCGGCGGCGGCGGUGUUCCUCGACGUCCCCUCGACCAGCAUUUUUCUCACGUUUAGCGGUUGGUCCUUCUACGCGAUGCUCGUCACCGCGCACUACUGGCGCUUCCGGCUGUGGCGACGGCACAUCAUUCCCGUGACGGUCCCGCUGCUGUUUCUCUUCGCGUGGGAGGCAAAGCGCACACUCACACCGGCGGCUCUCGUUUAA